AGGGAAGGGUUGUAUCCAUCGGGACUGGUGGAACACCAUGAUGAAAUCAAGCACUCUCCUCUCUAAACAAACUUAGAGGGGAUUGUAAGGUCAGCCCAGCGGUGAGACAGUGUGCGGAAAAGGGAAGUUGCGAGAAGCGGAUCACGUUCAUCAACGCGCCCGAUCCGGUCCAGGCAGCAGAGACCGCGUUUAGACGUGCAGGGUGGAAGAAGUUUCUUGUUAUCCACAACAUGGGUCAAGACUUGGGAAAAUUUGCCGAGUGGGGCAUGGGAGAUCUGACGACAAACCUCAAGAAAUAUGAUAGGGAUAAAUCCGGCACUUUCUGCCCUGACGAGGGAACCGAUGCGGUGGUGGAGGGCGGCUUGAAGGCAGCUAUGGCUAGCUUGUCCGAUCUGCUCGGAGGCGUAUCUCCUCGAGUGACGAACAAGAUACUACACGCGUUCAACGAGCUUUUGUCUAAAUGGAAGGCCAAGUCAGAUGAAGAGCUAGAGGUGAAUUUUAGCGGCUUCAACAAGGACAAGCCCUCCAGCGCUUUUCCCAACGCUUUUCAUGAGAAAGGCGGUUCUCCUUGUAUUGAC